GGCGUAGUUGCCGGCAUGAGUGACGCACCGGCUAUAAAACAUGUGUUUGCGACCGCGCGCCGGGAAACCGCCGCCAUGCUCCGUCUCGCGUGCUUGCUGGCGCUCGCCGCCGCCGCCGCGCCUGCGCGCGCGCGCCCCGACGCGCACGCGCAGCCCGCGCUCUCCUCCCGGGCAGGAAACAAAUUUCACGAACUAUUCUCAAGACUGGAUAAGAAUGUUUGCAUUUUGAGUGCAUUAACCAAUGAGGUGGCCGUCGGGUCCCCGGCGCCGCUGCACCAGCAGUACCCGCACGCGGUGCUGUUCGGCGGCGCCUGCGGGGGCUCCGUCAUCCACCCCAAAUGGGUCCUCACUGCCGGCCACUGUUCCCUUCUGCGCCGCAGCACGCUGUUCACGCCGGGGCGCCACGUGCUGGCGGGCACCGGCAACUCGGACGACGGCAGCGGCGUGCGCGUGGCCGUCAAGAAGCUGCACCUGCACCCGCUGUUCGCCGUCGGGCCCUACUGGGUCAACACGCGCGAGUUUGGGAUCAAGCAGGUUCACGCUCGCUGGGACUUCAUGCUAGCGGAGCUAGAAUUGCCGCUGCAGCUGGACGGCGUGAACAUCGCGGCCGUGCCGCUCGACCACGGGACGGAGACGCCACAGUCGCUGGCCGCCGACUACGCCGGUUACGGCGCCACCCACCACGGGGGUGUGAUGCAGCGGCACAUGCACGGGAUGAAGUUGCGGACCGAGAGCAACGAGCUGUGCUCCACUCUCCCUCAGUACAGCAAGGAAGACAUGUUGUGCGCCGUAGGACGCACAGAGUCGCGCGACUCCGCUUGCAACGGUGACAGCGGAAGCGGCUUGGUGAGCACGGAGAACCGUCGCUUGCUGGGCGUGGCGUCGUGGGUGGAGGACGACGCCAGCGAGUGCAGCCCCGGCAAGCUCGUGGUCUUCUCGCGCGUGGCCGCCGCGCGCCCCUGGAUCAAGCAAGUCACCGGCCUCGACCUCUAACCACUAUACCUACCCGUCACACCUCAAAGGACUGCUUGACGAAACUUUACGUUUCAGCGAAAAACACUAACUGUCUAUAGUGUAGUUUUGAACAAUAUCCUGUCCAAUCAACAUUAGUUCUAAGAGUUCCAUUGCAUUACAUUUGAACCGAUAGCGAUUCCUUAAUUAUGGCAUGGAAACCCAAAAUAUGCUUUUCCAGGAAUGAGUGUCGGAUCGAAAAUGUUGACAUACCUAUUGUAAUCAAACCUUCCAUCCUAUUAAUUCUUACUGCGAAAUGUGACUGUGGUGGAAUAAUUAGCCAGUCAUUAAAUACAAUUUACAAAAUUUAUAUUUUGCAGGUUAUUCGUUAAUAUGAUAUCGUAAUAGGCCGUUAACCUAAAUUAGCCAAGAAUUACAUUAGCCUCGAAGCAAGCCAUCACCUGUGUGGGUUGUGUGUUUUGUCCUACAACUGCGAAAGGAUGUACAAGGUAAUAAAACUUAAAAUCUUUAAACGAUGAAGCCCCCUUAAAAAUACAUAAAUAAAUACAUACUUUAAAAUGCCAAAGAAAAGCAGUGUAUUGUGUAAGUUGUCAUGUAACCACCAAACCGUUAGAACUUGCAGAAAAGUAGAUUGUUCCGCUAGAUUAGAAAUUCGCUAUGUACUAAUAUUAUAUUGACAAUAAAUCAGUGAACAUUACUACAAAAUGACAGAAA